UCUCUGUCUGUCUGUGUCUCUCUGUGUCUCUCUGUCUGUCUGUGUCUGUGCAGCUGAGAAUCACUCUCCAAAAUGUCUUUUUCUGGAACCUAUGAGCAACAAUCUCAAGAGAACUUUGUGCCUUUCAUGACAGCCAUUGGUCUUCCAGAGGACUUAGUCGAGAGGGGAAAAGAUUUGAAGAGCGUGACGGAGAUUGUUCAGACUGGCAAUCACUUUGUAAUCACGAUUACUACAGGUCCCAGGGUCCUACGUAAUGAGUUCACCAUCGGUGUGGAGACGGAAAUGAAGACGCUGGCAGCUGAGAAAGUUAUGUCUACAGCUAAUCUCGUGGAUGGAAAACUGGUUGUACAACUGAAAGGAGUCACUUCGGUGGCAGAAGUUUCUGGAGAUCUUCUGAUCACUGUUAUGACGUUGAAAGACUUAGUCUACAAGAAUAUCAGUAAGAGAGUCUGAGAGCAUAGAAUUGUUAUUACUUCGUUGCAUUAAAUAAAAGUUUGAAAA